AUGAGGAAUAAUUUAUCAAUAAGCAGUAUUAAUAAUACUUCAACUUAUUCACCUUCUUCAUCUCCCCGAUCCCUUGAUUCUGCUUAUUCAUCAUCGUCUCCCUCAACAUCACCAUCAUCAAAUUCUGAACGUAAAUUUUCUCUUCAAAAACACGAAAGAGAUUUAAUUGCUCAUUCCAAUGUUACGGCCUUUCGACCUUUAAUCAAUGAAAUGGCACCCGAAUUUGGUGAGAAUGUGCUUUCGGAACACAAUUUAUCAAUUAUGGAGGAGGAAUACUUGGAAAUUGUGCAACAUUUGGUCGAUCAAUUGAUUUAUAAGGAACAUGCAGAUAAAUAUUGGAGGAAUUAUUAUUCUGCAUUGCAAAUAUUGUAUGUUUUGGGAUUGUCUGCUGUGAAUGAUGGGAGGUAUUUGACGAAUUUGAAACAGGAUUUGAUAAAUAGUGUGACGAAGAGUAUAACUGUGAAAAAUUUAGUUGUCAUGUUCGAGAAAAUUGAUGGUUUACAACAGAAUUUCAUUGAGAAUUUCAAUAAGGUGAAUUAUUUGUUAGAUCUAUUACAUAAUUAUUGUAUUGAGUUUACAGUGGUGGCUUUUGAGCAUCCUAAAGUUGGUUGUUCCAAGAAAUUGUUGGAUAGUCCAAUAAUUAUACGGAACUAUGCAAAGAUUAUGGCCAAAGUCAACCUUACCAAGCCAACCCAAAUCAAAUUAACUUGCAACGACAAAUUACCAUCAUCAAUAUUGCAAGCAUUGAAGAAAUUGUACAAUCAAGAGUCGACCAGUGAUGUGAAAAUCAUUUUGGGUUCAAAACUUUCCUUAAAUUGCCACAAAACUGUUUUGGCUUCGAGUAGUUCACAUUUUAGAAUUUGGUUUGAGAAAAAUUUUGAUUCCAAUGUUUACACACCAGUGAGGGAUGACCAUUGA